GUGGAGCGGAGUGAUGGGUGGGGGAAGUAGCUGGGAGUUCCUUAAAUAUGAUUGAGAGGAAAUGAGUUGGCUGCAGAUCUCAGAAAUGCAUCAUGCGUCCAUAAGAGUUUCCCUAUCUUCUGUACACAGCUUAGAAGUGAGAAUAUCAUUGACCCACACAACCCUAGUUUUCAGCUGUUCGACUUUCCUUGUAAGUGGACUAGAUCACCAAUGGCACUUUUACGAGAGUUCUUGCUGUGGGUGGUUCUUGGAAUGAUUUUUGUAUCCUUGGUAAUAGGCCUCAUCUUUGUCUUUAUCAACAAGUGUAUCUCCAAGAAAGCUGCUGAACAAUACAAUAGAAAUACGCCAAGUCACACAAUCCCUGAGUCUUAUGCCCAGUUUCUCCCAAUGGUCUCUCCCUUAUCCAGGAGCAGCAAAUAUCAUCCCAAAGAUCUGGAGGAUGAUUUGCCUCCUUUACCACCCAGGACACAGUUUCUCACAUCCUACCCCGAGAUCGAAAGCUAUGAGAACCUUGCAGAGCUACCCUACAAUGUGAAAGUAGAUAACGAGGCCCCUCCUCCACCGUACCAUCACACAGAGACAGUGGUGUGUCAGGACGUGUGCCAUGACCGUGACAGCAUCUCAGAGGACUAUGAUGACAUCGGAGCAGACUGUCAGACUGCUGAACAAUACAACACAAAUUCGCCAAGUCACACAAUCCCUGAGUCUUAUGCCCAGAGCAGCAAAUAUCAUCCCAAAGAUCUGAAGGAUGAUUUGACUCCUUUACCACCCAGGACACAGUUUCUCACAUCCUACCCCAAGAUCGAAAGCAGUGAGAACCUUGCAGAGCUACCCUACAAUGUGAAAGUAGAUAACGAGGCCCCUCCUCCACCGUACCAUCACACAGAGACAGUGGUGUGUCAGGACGUGUGCCAUGACCGUGACAGCAUCUCAGAGGAUUACGACGACAUCGGAGCAGACUGUCAGAGUGAGGAGGACUAUGAUGAUGUGGGAUAAGGCCAGAGGCAACAGAGCCUAUUUUAAAGACACUGUGGUGGCACAUAAUGUAUACUCCUGCUAGACCAAAAUAGAUGUUCUGUACAACUAUGACUAUCCUCAUCUUCAGCUGAUACAGCUUUAAUGUUUACUAACUUAUUAGGUAAUGGUUUACUUCAGUCCUCUGCCAACUGGUAUAGCUGCCUGGUAUUUACCAAGAAGAUAUCUUGUUACAAUGUGUAAUUUCUUACAACCAAGAAUUCAACACAAUUUAGUUGUGUUUCAGGGUAUACUUUGUAAUUGAAACUCAUAUUGUGCUGUAGUUGGAAGGUAUAGAAAAAAAGAGAAGCUGUGUAGUUUCAAUAUGAAUAUUCACCAUGGAGUAUAAAAAUGUACACAAUCUAUAUUUUGGGUUCUGACAGUUGAACUACGCUCAUGAGGGAUUUACAAGUUAUAUUAUUUAAGAAUCAAAUAGUAUAGAAAGUCCAAAAAUGGGUGUAGCAAUUACAGAUUGCCCCUUUGAACUUGUUAUGAAACCUUCCAUACACUGCAAUGUCUUCUACCAGAGGAGGGUAAGUAACGUAUGCAGUUUGAUUUGUUUACAGUUACAGUAAUAAUUGUUUCUACAGUUGCAAUAAACAAAAUGUGUGCUUUUA